AUGACUGCCAACAAUGACAACAUUCUUACCAAGGUGAAGCACCACAAGAAGUCUUACGACGCUAUCUCCCCUUCUCGCCCUGAGCUCUCCCAGACGGGCAAGGUCGUCCUUGUCACAGGAGCUUCCGAAGGCAUCGGGUAUGCCAUUGCUCGUGGAUUCGGCCUAGCAGGUGCUGCGAAAGUUAUCAUCACUGGUCGACGCCAGAGUGCUCUCGACGAGGCGGUUGUAACCUUGUCCCGGACCUCGCAGACUACCUUUGUGGCUCGCGUGCAGGAUGCCUCCAAUGUUACCGACAUUGAGAGCUUCUGGAAGUCUCUGGACGACGAGGGUGUCGUUGUUGAUGUUUUAGUACUGAAUGUAGCCCGGAUUUCACCCUCUGGCAGUAUCGUGGACAUUGGAUACAAGGAGGUGAUUGCUGACCUCGGCACAAACGUUGGCGGCGUGGCCGCUGCGGCUCAUUUCUUCUAUCAUCAGAAGAAGAGAGACUCAUCUCGCAAGCUGUCUCUGAUUGGCAUUUCGACCAUGGCCAUACACGAUUUCGAUGUCGCCGGCUUUGUUCCAAACUAUUCCGCUUCCAAAAGCGCGGGGACUAUUCUGGUCCAGCAGAUUGCCAAAGGUGUGCCGGCAGACGAUAUGCAAGUCGUCAACUUUCACCCGGGAGCAAUCUUUACUUCCGUAGCCAAGAAGGCUGGCUACACGAGCGAAACACUGCCGUGGGAUGAUGCGGAUCUUCCUGGACACUAUGCUGUGUGGGCGGCAUCCGACGAAGCCAAGUUUUUGCAUGGUCGCUUCACGUGGGCGGCUUGGGAUGUAGAUGAGAUAUCUUCUGGCUCAAUCAGAGAGCGCAUUACGACUGAUUCCAAUUACCUCAAAGUGGGUGUAGUUGGGAUCUAA